UGUAACAGGCGGGCGACCAGCUGCGUACCUUAGUUCGGAAUUAUAGCGACAGACGUUGCAUAAACGCUGUUGGUUCUUAAUGAAGUGUGUGCAAGCGGUACUUAAUGUUACCUUCAUCUACGCUGUUCAUUCGUAUAGACUGCCCCUUUUUCAAACGAGGAAGGUGCGAACGGCCAUACUGUCACUACAAACACGACCAUGAAGCAGAGCGCGCGCUGGAUCACGUGGCACCUCUGGGGAAUGUGGAGAUGGAAAAGACCAAGGUGAGGACCUUGAAGAGUACACCCAGAAAUCAAAGUACGCCACAGGAGUUGCAAGUCAAAGCAGCUGACCUUUCUGAACUGGAGAAAAUCAAUAAAGCAAUUGAGAUGGUAAAAUCUGAAGUUGAACAAGAACAGAAGAAAUUGUCUCGCUAUAAAACCAUAAAAAGAAAAAGCUCCUUUGUCGCUUCCCCUACACUAGAAGAUUAUGCAGAAGUAAAGGUUCACGUCAUUGAAGCAGAAGGAAAGAAAAUAGGUCAGUGUAGAAAUGAAAAGAUCUCGACUGUAGCCACAAAAACGAAAUAUGUGGUAGAUAAAUCCAAACCGGCGACAGACCUAGAAUAUGAUCCAUUGUCUAAUUAUUCUGCUGAUCUUGGGUACAGCAGUGGAAAGCAGUGUGACUUGGAGAUCAAGGGUGUUAAAAGGGUUAAGAAGGAUGAGGUAAAAGGAAAGGCCAUUUCUAAAUGUAAGGUAUCCAAGCAAGAAAUGGAAGGUGAAGACUCUGAUACACUCAUUAUUGAUAUCCCGCCAUUGAAUGAGAAGCGUUCCCAUGCCCCUAAAAGACGUAAAAAUGGAGAUUGUGAUGCUGGACUUCAUGGUACCACUGAACAAAAAGGAUUAUCCCCUUCAUUAUGCGUAGAAAGUAAAGCCGUUCCAAAAUCUAGUUUCCUUCCUAUAAUUUCUAAGGAGGAAAGUGAAUGCCAGUUGUUGGAAAAGCUUGAUGUUGAAGAAUUCUUUGAAUGGAGUGAAACCGAAUCUUGUGUUGUCGAUAGUUUACUAGGUUCAUCUGCAGAAAGUAUGACUGGCUCUUUUGGAGAAGACCCAAAUGUAGCUGGAUGUGGGACACUAGUCACAACUCCAAGCAAUGCUGCAUUUCGGACCACUAAUAAGAGUUUAUCACUAAAAGCGAAAUCUGAGAAAGUAACUGGCGAAACUGAAAAGAGAGUUAUGAAGGAUGAGCUUGAAAUGGAAGUGAGCUUGCUAACGGAGGAAAGUCUUGGCUUGCCUGUUCAAGAAGAAGCAUGGUUUGAUGAAACAUCUGCAUUGGAAUGCACGAGUACCUCCUCUGACCAGCGGGAUAGCCCUAGUGUCGAAACUGAGCAAAAUGGUAAGAGUGAUUCAGAAUCUGAAGCAAACGACUCUGAUAUGGAGCUUGAUUUGUCCGAUACUGACCCAAUGGAGGAAUGUUACCGAAUUUUUAUGGAGUCCAGUGAGAUGAAACUGGAAGAUAAUGCGUUGAACCAGGAAACAAAUGCCCAUGCUGAAAAUGAAUUUAAUGCAGAUCAAAGAGAAUUGGAGAGAAAAGAGACUUUACUCCCAGGGCAGAAGAAAAGGGUUGCACAUGUGUCAAAGUAUAAUGUCAAAUCAAACAGACAACAGAUAAUUGUGCCAUUCAGGGGACCCAUGUCCCAUGUGGGUAAUCCUACACGCAUCCAGCAGUUACAGCAUAAGGCUACGGUUCUCACUGCUGCAGUGAAAGGUGGCCAGGCAUUUAUUGCUGCUAGUAAUAAUCAACGAAAAAUUGUUGCUAGUCCUCACCCUCCUGUGCUGCCAAAUACGGGACAAAUUGUUUGUUUAAAUAUGGUUCAAGUUCCUGCAUUGGCCGUUUCUCCAUGGGGUGCCAACAUGCAAGUUGUCAUACCAGAGAGCACCGUUACUAAUGGAUUAACAAGUGUCCCUGCCACACCGUCUGCGCACAGAACAACCUUCACCCCUGCCAAGGCAGUCUCCAGUCGUAGGAAAACGAAAGCUGUUGUGAGCACUUCAAAGGUUCCACAUGACGUGAGACAGCGUUAUGUUAAUUGUUUUGUUGAAGAGUUUCUUAAAACCUCCUCGACUGUCCAGGAGGCUUUUGAAAAGGCACUGAACGAAGAAAAAGCCGUGUUUGACCGUAGCAGCAACAAGAUGAAAUAUUUGAGUAUUGCUGUGAAUGCCCUUAAGAAGAUUAAGAACCAAACCAGCUGCUUAUCUGAAGACCUACAGAUGUCCAGAGGUGAAACAUCUGUUGGUGAUGCAGGAGGAUUUAUCGACUCUACUUGGACAUCAUUUUAUGAACAGUUAAAAGAACAUGUCCUAUCCUGGGAAAUGUUAAGAGAUGGUGGCUUUCCUGUUCAGCAUCCUGAAAAGCCAGGGAAUGCAAUAUGUUGCAAAGAACCUAAGAAGACUGUUCAUGACGCCUUUAAAAGAAUAUGUUGCCGGUGUGGAGCAACCUAUUCUGUGACCACAUGUGGAAAGCAUGUUCGAAAGGAAGAGUGCACCUACCAUUCUGGCAGAGUCCUUAAGAGAAAAGUACCCGGUGGCAUAGACUGUCGUUACAGCUGCUGUGAAGGAGCAGUGGGAACCCCUGGCUGCGAGACCUUUCAGUUCCAUGUACAUGAUGGUCAGAGGGACAACGUUGGAGGCUUUGUGAAGACUUUUUCCAAGCCAGUUCCUAAUAAUGGGAACCCUGGUGUUUUUGCAGUUGAUUGUGAAAUGUGCUAUACCACUCAAGGUCUUGAACUUGCAAGAGUUACAGUUGUAAACCCUGGGCUUCAAGUUGUAUAUGAUACUUUUGUGAAAACUGAUAAUGAAGUCCUUGACUACAACACCAGAUUUUCUGGAGUCACUGAGGAAGACUUGAAGCAAGCCUCUUCAACAAUCCGUGACGUUCAGGCUGUACUACUGAAUCUGUUCAGUGCUGAAACAAUCUUAAUAGGUCAUAGUUUUGAAAAUGAUCUAUUUGCACUUAAGCUCCUUCACAGCACUGUUGUUGACACUUCUAUUGUAUUUCCACAUCGGUUGGGCCUACCAAAUAAAAGAGCACUUAGGACACUUAUGGCAGAAUACCUUAGACGAAUCAUACAAGAAAAUGUGGGAGGUCACGACUCCAGUGAAGAUGCUACAGCUUGUAUGGAGCUGAUGCUUUGGAAAGUAAAAGAAGACACAAAAGGAAAGCGCUGGUGACUUUUUUUUUUUUGACUCCUGCAUAUCUUCUUGAAUGAAAAUCUCUGCUGCCACUUCAGUGGCUCUCCAGCAACUGUGCAUAUAUUGUGUGUGGAGGGGCUUUUUUU